CCCCGCGGACCCCCGGGCGUCCGGCGCCGGCGCGGCGGCCUGUUCGCACUCGCCGAGCCGACCGCUGCCGUCGCUUCCGGUCGUUACGUGACCACCGGCUAUGGCCGCCGCGGGGGGCGCCCGGCUCCUGCGCGCCGCCUCCGCGGCCCUGGGCAGCGCGGCCCGUCGCUGGCUGCUCGUCACCGGACCCCGCGCGGCCCCCGGCCGGGGCGGCAGCGCGGGGGGGCUGCCCGGGACGCUGAGCGUGUCGACGCCGGCGCGGAGCAGCUCAGAAGAUAAAAUAACAGUUCACUUUGUAAACCGUGAUGGCGAGACAUUAACAGCCAAAGGAAAAGUUGGUGACUCUCUCCUGGAUGUUGUGAUCGAAAAUAAUCUAGAUAUUGAUGGUUUUGGUGCAUGUGAGGGAACCCUGGCUUGCUCGACCUGUCACCUCAUCUUUGAAGAGCACAUAUUUGAGAAGCUAGAAACAGUCACGGAUGAGGAAAAUGACAUGCUCGAUCUGGCCUACGGACUAACAGAUAGAUCUCGAUUGGGCUGCCAAAUCUAUUUGACAAAGGCUAUGGACAAUAUGACAGUUCGAGUACCUGACGCUGUGGCCGAUGCCAGACAAGCCGUGGAUGCAAGCAAGAACUCCUAAGCCAGAAAAUAUUGGAAUAUUUUCACAAAAUUUUACCUAUUUUUAUAAUUAUUAUUUCUUAAUGUAAUUACAUGAGAACAUGGGUGAAGGGGUUUGUUACUAUGAUUAGCUUUACCACUUUAAUUGACCUUACAUAACUGUUGCAUUUUGUAGUUCUGAAAGUAUGCAACUGUUAUUUUGGUUCACUUACAAAAAGCAAAUCAAAUAUUAGAAAAUAGUUAGUAUUAUAGAACCUUACAUAUUUUACCUUGUUUGUCUAACAACUUUAGCAAGAUAUUUUCACCUUAAUCUUAUUCCUAAUUACAUGUAAGAUUGGUUUAAAAAAGGUAUUAUUUUUCCCUUUUAGAUGUGGGUGAAGGCAGAGAUGAAAAAUGGCUUGUCUAGAGCCAUAGGACAAAUGAGAAAAUACGUACUAGAACUCGUAUCUUCUUACUGCAAGUUUCGUGUUCAGACUGAAACUAGAGAAAUUAGGAGUAUCUUGUCAACAGCAAUAAUUAAAUGAACAAAACUAAUGGCUCAGUAAACCGCUUAAUUUCAAAGACUACCGCUGCCUCUCAAUAAAGAUUUCAGAAUUGUGACCCA